AGCGCGAGUUAGAGGAUGGGUGGGGAGUCAGUCUACCAAUCGCCGCACUCGGUUGUGAAGAGGCCCGAGCACUCAGGCCGGGAGCGGAGAAGCGGCCGAGCCCUGCGGGACGAGCUGUGCCCAGCGGCGGGGGGGCCGGCCCUGGACAUGCCGGUCCGAACCGAGGCAUGCAGCACGGCCUCCGGCUCCUCGUCCCUCUUCCCGCCACCUCCCAUUAACACGCAGCAGCCCGGGGUGGCCACCACCCUGCUGUACAGCGGCUCCAAGUUCCGGGGACACCAGAAGAGCAAAGGCAACUCGUACGAUGUGGAGGUGGUGCUGCAGCACGUGGACAUGGAGAACGCUUAUCUGUGCGGAUACUUGAAGAUAAAAGGCCUUACUGAGGAAUACCCGACCCUCACCACCUUCUUUGAAGGGGAGAUCAUUAGCAGAAAACAUCCUUUCCUAACGAGAAAGUGGGACGCGGAUGAAGACGUGGACAGGAAGCACUGGGGGAAGUUCCAGGCUUUCUACCAGUACGCGAAAACCUUCAAAUCCGACGACUUUGGCUUUGAGGAGCUGAAAGCUGGAGACUACGUCUUCAUGAGAUGGAAGGAACAGUUCCUGGUG